AUGACCCCGCUCCUGAACACCUUCCACGACGCAUCGCCUCCUCUGCAUACGCAUCCCAAUUGCGACUUGUGCAAGCAGAUGCGCCGGUCUUCGGGGCCGGAUGACCCCAUGAAGCUACAGCGCUGCAAGGGAUGUCAUAUCGCGCGCUAUUGUUCGAAGGACUGUCAGAUGAAUGCCUGGAAUCUCGGUCACAAAAUGGAAUGCAAAGCCUGGCGCCGUCUCCGCGAUAGCGCUAUCCGCUCCUCCGGCAACGACCGCGCGUGGUGCGAGUUCGCUCAGUGGCGCGAGUAUCACCACGAUAGCCUGACAAACGCUGCAUUGGCACACUAUAUGAUGGAUGGGCCUGGCUCUGAGGAAGAGUACCUCCUCAACGUCAUCCUUCUGUACAAGAACGACCCUUCGCUGCCGGUCGAACGCAAGUUCGUCAUGGGGGGUUGUCAGUUCGUUCAUAAGAGCAUCGUUCCUGACGGCUCUGUCCCGGCACCGACGCAUCGCAUGACAAAGGAGAUAUUCGAGAUACGUGAGCACAACGCUCGUCAGUUGAAGGCUCGGUCGGGCGCUACAGGGGUCAUCCGCAUGGGGGCGUACGUCCUUAUCGUCAAGUUUGCGCCUCUGAACCAGCGCGAACCGGAUGGCUGGAAGCCAUUCUAUCGUCACUUCCAAUUUGAAAACGAGCACUUCUCUGAGGACGUGAGGGUCAAUGAGGAGAAGCUGCCUGCGCAGAUAUUGGAGGAGAUCUUCCUCACCGGCGCGAAACAGAGGUUCUGUUGUGGAAAGAUUCCUGGGCUACCGACGUGCUGUUGUGGUGGAUGGACGCACCAACAGGGACCUAAGGCGCUUGGAACAUAA